GGCUGGGUGGGCCCUCUACAAUUUCCCAAAUCAGAGAGACCAUUAAGGCUCACCACCCUGUUUUUUUUUUAUUUCUGAAACAAAAAAAAAAAAAUGGUUUUGUCAAAUCUGUGGUUAGGAAAUUGAACUGUGAUGAUAGAAUAGCUAUUGUAGACCCAGUAGGUUUAAGUGGGGGUCUUCUUCUUUUUUGGGAUUCUAAUGUUAAUGUUAUUCAAGUCCAGAAAAAGCAUUUCUAUAUUGUUGUUGAAUUUUCUUUUGAUUUAGCUCCUCCUCAAUGGGGUAUCUUUGUUUACUUUAGUACUUACAAGCAUCACAGGGCUUCUCAGUGGGAGGAGAUGGCAAAUGACAAAGAUCUGUGGGGGGAUAAUUGGUUCACAAUGGGUGACUGGAAUGACAUAAGAACUGAAGAAGACAAGAUGAGAGGUAUCAAAAGGAGUAACAGAAGCCUUAUGGGUUUCAAUUCCUUUAUCAAUAGCAUGGAUAUGGAUGAGCUUCCAAUGACAGGCUAUCAAUUCACUUGGUGUAAUAUGAAGAGUGAAGAAGGCUUGGUUGAAAAAAAGUUGGACAGAGCUUUUGCCUCUUUCACUUGGAAUCAAAACUUUCCCAAUGCCACAGUUUCUAACAAGGUCAAAAGCUCUUCUGAUCAUUCCCUUUUACUUCUGGAUUUGGGUUACUCAAAGCAUAAGGGCAAUGCAAGAUUCCACUUUGAUAAGAGGUGGAUUGGUAGGGAGGGGUUCAAAGAAGUGGUGGAAGAAGCUUGGUCCCAACAUUCUGAGCGCACUCCAUUAUUUAAGCUUAAAGAGAAAGUUAAGAGGACCAAAGCAGCCCUACUAAUCUGGAGUUCUCAAAUCAAAUCUAAAAACCAGCACAACAUUGAUAUCCUCACCAAGAAACUGGAAGUUUUGAGAGAAGAAAAGUCAGAUAACUACUGGGUCCAAUGGAAUGAGACUAGGAAUGACCUUAAUGCAGCACACAGGCAGGAGGAACUCUAUUGGCAACAAAA